UCAGCGACAGCUCGAGACCAGAUCUUACCAGAAUCCAGCUCUACCCAUCCGCUCGCCGUGAUAUGCCUAUCGUACCCAGAGUCGGGACCUCUUCUCACUUAACCGAAUAUGAUUUCUCCAUCCCAAGCGAGACCAAGAAGGAGAUCUCAGCGCAAUUCCAGGGCCAUAAUGAUUGCGCAGACGACGAGACAUCCGUGUGGCUUCAUGUACAGCACCUUGAGCUUCUUCCUUUCAAUACAUUUCAGCAUGGACGAUCAAUUUCUCUAGCUUUUCAGAGAAUUUUGCCAUGGAGGACACCGUUUAGGACCCUCGGUGGCUGUGCGAACCCCUAACAACGACGAAGUCUCAUUUCAGUGUCCACUUGCCCCCUAGUCUCCUGGUGCUUUUGAGGAAUUUGAGAUAGCGGAUGUGGCGCAAGGAUUCCAUGCCUGCCUGACUGGUGUUCACUGCCUGCCAGACUGGUACAUGUCUGUUGGUCUUCACAGCUUCGCGUCCCACCCAUAUUGAUGCAUCCCGUCCCGGUUCACGCGAAUUUUAGGCAGAUUGAAACUAUUUAGGCUGGCAUAAUCUUUGGAUGACGCCGAGUGCUCCAAGUUACUGCACACUGACCUGCCUGCUGGCCAGUAAGCUAAUAACACGCCAACUGUACGAACAGUAUCAGAAGGUCGUGACACAGACAACUGGGUGGCAUAUUUCUUUGACAUGCAUCCCUUUGAGAAUUCAACAACGAAAUGGUUGCGGUUGCGUGGUGAAGGAAGGUGUUGCCCGGCAGAAGAUCAAAAACACACCGUGGGGGAUGCCUGCGUACAUAAGGGACAAAUUGAUGUCUCGUCCAAACCAAUAUCACCAGCGCAUUCCAGCACCAGCUAACCAACCAUGUCACAGAGAUCCACAUCUACUGGAAAGAAAUUUCCCGCGCUUUCGGUGGGCAGUGAAUACGGUGGUGUCGGAGCACACCUUUCGAACUCGCAUCAACUGUACAACUUAGUGGGCGGGAUCUAUUCACUGGCGCACAUGUGCACAUGCGAACCGCUAUGGUAACAAGUUCCAGCCACAUGGGUCGAACCCGCCUGAUCUCUUCUUGCUUGCCGACGACAGACACAUCAACCAUCAGCAGCAGACACAAGUCAGCACACUACGGAAGGAAGGCCAGGCCAGAAGCAACCAUACGUUCGCCAAGUGUCAGUGCCACGGUGCUACUGCAGCAAAGAACGGCCUGCUGUGGGUGUCAGACUCCCAAUUGGUGUUGGAAGAAGUCCGUGUCUCCACCGACGAUACAUGCCAAGCUCAAAGAGUCUGAAGCACAAGUAUAUUGGAGGGGUGGAAAGACAUCUUUUACACAGAUCAAUGAGGAAGGAGACGAUAGUCUUUCGCUUGCGCGCUAUCCGGAGUGCUAGAGAGCGGAGUCGAGAUGGAGAGGGCGGAUUCAAUGGAAGGCUGAGCAUCCGGACCAGCCAGAUAUGCAGCUCCGGACGCAUCCCCCGCAUUGACAACACGACCUUAACCAGCAUUGAUGACUUUGUCCUGGCCAAGGAACCCCAGUCUUUCUGCGAACUCUGAGAACGCAGAUGAAGCCCGGUUAAGCUCACUGCCCUAUGCGACUGCCUAACCCACAAUGGCUUGGAUCUGCCCUCAGCUCUGGUGAUCUCAAAGUUUGAGUGGCCGUCAAGGCCUCCAGCCUCCUCAAUAAACCCUGUAUGUUACGCAUCGAGACCCUCAACGAUGCAAACCGCACCUCCAUCACGGACCCUCCACUUCUUCUCACCCAUCAAGAAAAGAGCUUGUCCUAUACGCGGACCAUUCAUGCAUCUCGCCUAGCUUUGCUGCUUACGGACGGCUAGAUGCUGCAAAUUCAUCAGCUAUGUCGGCGAGGAUGCUCAACCCGUGCUGCAGGCUCGCCAUGAUGACUGGUAUUUAGGUCCGAGUGUCCUCCCUCUGGCAAAGGACUUGCUCUUUCCCCUCCCAACAAUGAGGACAACCCUAUUUCGCUGCUGUAUUUACUGACCUUCACUAUUCAUUCACGGGCACACUGCACUCUCGCUUACAUUGCCCAUCAUGCCGUGCUCACUCUUGUCCUUCUUUACUGUCGCUGCGUUCCUGUUAACUUCGAUCGGCUCCGCUGCACCGUCGAGACAUGUCGGAAGAGACGACUGGUCUUGUACACCUGAAAACAUCAAAACUCGGGUGGACUUUAACAACAUGGCUGCCGAUGAUCGAAAAGCAUACACGGACGCCGUCAAGUGUCUAAUGGCCCAACCGUCUCAACUCGACCCAGUCCAAUAUCCCGCAGCCGUCAACAGGUACAUGGACUAUGCCGUUAUUCAUGUGAACCGCACACAAUAUGUCCACCUUGACGCCUUCUUCUUGACCUGGCAUCGGUACUUCCUCUGGAUCUAUGAGACAGACUUGCAACAGACCUGUGGCUAUACCGGAGCAUUCCCAUACUGGAACUUCGCCGCCACAGCUUCCGACCCGCACGCGUUCCCCAUCUUCGACGGCUCCGAGUACUCCAUGUCUGGCGACGGAAUCUACAACGACACAGGUCCCAUCAUCCUGGGCGCGCAGUUGACCAUUCCUCAUGGUACAGGUGGUGGGUGCGUCACGACCGGUCCCUUUGCAAACAUGAUUGCGCCGCUGAAAUUCAUCGACCCGACGCAACUUACCACCGGCACGCUCCCAGCAGAUGCGUUUGCCUACAACGAAAUCUGCCUGAUGCGCGACCUCAACGCCUACGUCUCUCAGACGUACACCAACACCACUGAACUUGUUGCCGCCGCACACGCGACCAACGCCUCAAACUUUGAGUUCCUCCUCAACGGUGUCAUCGGGUCUGCUUCCCUGGGCAUCCACUCGGGCGCACACUUCUCCGUCGGAGGUCAGAUGGACAGUAUCCACGUCUCCGCCCAGGAUCCUGUUUGGUAUCCCCUGCACACCAUGAUCGACAAGGUCUACUGGAGUUGGCAGACCAACUACCCCGAGCUGGCGGAUCAGUUAGACGGGUCUACGGGGACUGCGCUCAACACGCCGGAGUCGCCAGUGGUAACCCUCGAUUCGAUCGAACCCGACUGGGGUUACUUCCAAUUGGAACCCAUUGCGGUGAGGGACCUGAUCAGCACCACUGGGGGUCCAUUCUGCUAUCAAUAUGACAAUGUCAUCUCAUAAUAAUGACCUCCAGCUGAGAUAUCGUUGGCAGCUCAAGGGGGGGAUAGGGAUUUUGACAAUUGUUGAACGAAUGAUUACUUGUCUACAUAACUCAGCUUUACCAUCCAGUGGUGAGGGUUGGUGGGCCUACUAAUUAAGUCUGUUCCUUUCUUUCCUUGCCUGGUUCUUCUCUGCCUGCGAGGUUCCACUGCUUACCGGCGAGGCACGCAAUGCAUGCAUGCAGGGUUGGAGGGCGGGUGAGCGAGCAUUGCUGAGAUUGAAGGACCGUUCAUGGCUGCACAGCGGAACUGCAUCCGACCCGAGCAUGACGCGAGCGUGGUCGAUUUGGAAUCGGUCGCGUGAGGGAUCAGGAGUCGAGUUGGGCACCGCGUGGUACAGGCCGGGUAGCUAGCUUCAGCAAUGUAUAACAAACAAUACAACCCAGUCUCCCAGAAUUGAUCGAGUGCUCCUGCGAGA